AUGAACAAGCUCAUCGCAUCGAUUUCUUUGCUCAUUGCAGCAGCAACCAGCUUCCCAACCCCCAUCGACCUGGUCCCAAGAGCCUGCACCACCAUAGCUCCUACCGUGAUUGACGUCCUCAGCCUAUCAUCACCGAAUACACCCUCCCCAGGCCAACAAUUCACCCUCGAGCGCCAGAUAUCACCUCCCCAAAACAUGAAAACGUCAUUGGUCACCUUCAACAUCCCGCGGGGUUCCACGGGCUGCACCCUCGAGCUGGCUAUCCCACAACUCACAGAGAAUAACCAGAUUGCCAGCGGUCCUGGGGACACCGUCCAAGCAGACGUCUGGAGCACUGCGCCGAGGUUGUCGCCGCCAACGUGGAAUAAUCAGCCCGCGAAGAGCCAGAUGGUUGCCACGACUAGGUUCCCGACUGGAUUAACCUCUAAGUCUCAGCUCACCAGGCUAGCUAGUAAUACCUGUUCUGAGACUAUGAGUUUCUUGGUUGAGUUGAGUAAUUGGCAGACUGGUGAGAUGGGCGUUGAUUUUACGAAUUCAGUUGGUGGGCAGAAGGAUCUUGGGUUCAAGAUGGAGUAUAACUGUUAA